GUGUGUUAGAGAGCGGGGGUACUUGGAUCCCUCGAGCCCUACCCUAGGGUCGCCUGUCUCUCACUGAUGGACUCCCAACCGCUCACAGCGCCUAGUCAGCGGACCCUACCGAGUAGAACUGCCUAGAUCGGUGGCUAGAGCUAGGUACUCCGUACCUACGCUACGCAACCUACGCGAAUGCCCCCAAGCGGCACCAUUUCCCCCACACCCGCUGGCAGCGCCAUAACUGUUUUGAUGCUGCUGUACUCGCAACUGCCAGAGAUGAUUCCCCGAACAUCCCACCAACCUUCUCGCUCUCCUGAUGAAUCCACCGACUCCCACGCCCAUUCCCAUUCCCACUCCCCCCCGUAUUCCCUUGCUGGGCUUCCACAAUCAGACGCCACCCCGAAUACCACCAUAGCACCAGCCACUUCAGCUACAGCUAAAAAUUCUGUCCCCCUCCUCUCCUUACCUCCUCCUCGUCCUUCUCAAAUAGGAGACUCACCGCCGCAGCCUGCCGGCAAUGAGUCAAGCAGAUUUCGUCGACAGCCUCACUCAAGUGCAACUACAUCAAACAUCUCCACAUCUUACCCUCUUCAAUCCUUCUCCGAUAACCCUCCGAGAGAAGCCUCUGCCUCUGCCUUCUUUGAAGACCAAGACCUUGACGACGAAUAUGCAUCGCGACGAAACCCAAGUAGACCAUUCAUAACCCCGCUGAAAGCGCUCUGGCGACUCAUGUCAAAAUCACCCCUCCUCUUGCGCUCGUCGCCCGGCUUUGGCACCGGGUCAUACGGCGCCGCUCCCGUGGGCGUAUCGACCGAGAAUAGUGAAGAAGAAGACAGUGAUGAUAUACGAAGCAGAGACAAAUGGAAGAAGAGAACAUCGGGUUUAAGAAAUGCCUUGAGUACGGGGACUCUUACGGGAACACAAUCGAGUACCUCGGAUUCAGAAUCAUCACACAAAAAUGCUCGCAGAAGAACUUCUGGCAGCAGGAGACGGAAAAAUGGCUCACGGAAAUCAAGUGUAGCGGAUGACCUUGGGAUUACAAGCAAAAAUGGCUCUGGGGGAAUUCCUAUACCGAUUAUUGGGGGUUCGGUGGAAGAAGGAACUCCAAGCUGCGAUGAAUCACCGGUCUUGGACAGCUCGGACGAAGCUAUCGAUGACGACCUUCCCUACAACGAAGAGGAUCCACCCGACAACUCUAUAUACCCUCAAGUCCGAGCGUCGGUUUCGGCUGUCGACAAUACGACUCUUUCUAUAAACACCCCACGAAUGUGGUUUCUUUCCAUGUUAUUUGCCAUUCUUGGAUCUUCAACGAAUCUUUUCUUUUCUCUUAGAUACCCCAGCGUUUCCAUUACACCAGUUAUCGCACUUUUACUUGUUCAUCCACUCGGUCUUUUAUGGGACCGAAUACUCAAAAGAAAAAAUGACCCCACAGAAGAUUUUGUAGAUGGGUUACGAAGUACACGACCCUCAGAUGACGAAAGCGAGGCCAACUCGCAAAACACUUUACAACAAAAGUUUACCAAGCCUUCAAAGAUACGUCGUUUCCGGCUAUGGCUUUCCCAAGGAAGAUGGAACGAAAAGGAGCAUAGCUGUGUUUAUAUCAGCAGUAACAUCUCCUUUGGAUUUGCAUUUGCUACCGAUGUAAUUGUUGAGCAAACCAAAUUUUACAAUCAAGAAGUUAGCAUCACAUACCAGCUACUUUUGAUCCUCUCAACCCAAAUCCUUGGCUAUACCUUUGCUGGUUUAUGCCGAAGAUUUCUCGUACGACCCGGGGGGAUGAUUUGGCCGGGCACCUUGAUGUCAGCUGCCAUGUUUACAACUUUACACAAGGAAAAGAAUGAAGUUGCCAAUGGAUGGAAAAUCACUCGAUGGAAGUUCUUUUUUGUCGUUUGGAUAUGUUCAUUCGCAUUCUACUUCCUUCCAGGAUUACUCUUCCCGGCUUUGAGCUAUUUCAGUGUCAUUACCUGGAUUUGGCCAAAGAAUGUCGUGGUUGCCAAUUUAUUUGGUGUCGCCUCUGGACUUGGACUGUUUCCGGUCACUUUUGAUUGGGCGCAAAUCGCCUACAUUGGUUCUCCACUCCUUACGCCUUUCUGGGCUGCGAUGAAUGUGGUGGGUGGUCUGGUUAUAGUUAUGUGGAUUCUCGCCCCAAUCGCAUAUUACAAAAACAUUUUCUUUUCCUCAUACAUGCCGAUAUUAUCAUCCGCUGUUUUUGAUAAUACCGGUAAUAUAUACGAUGUCAGCAAGAUAUUGACGCCAGACUUUCUGUUUGACAAAGAAGCAUAUCACAACUAUAGCCGAGUUUAUCUACCAAUCACGUAUGUGUUGAGUUAUGGAUUGCAAUUUGCCGCUCUAGCAUCGCUGUUAACACAUACUGCUUGUUGGCAUGGGUCUGAUAUCUGGAAACAAUGGAAGACCUCUCUGAAGGAGGUAGAUGGAUUGAGCAAGACAUCGUAUCAACCACUGCCAUCUAACGGGGCUUCGAAUGUUUUAUCAAAUGGAUAUAAUCAGCCAUCAAAGAGGGGUCGAAGAAGACCAUCAGUGGCAGAAUCCCAGGCUGAUAACAUCAUCACCCAGGAGGAUGUGCAUAAUCGGUUGAUGAGAAGAUACAAGGAUGCGCCUAUAUGGUGGUAUCUUGCUACAUUUGUUUCCAUGACGGCGGUAGGUAUUUUUGUGGUAGAAUAGUAAGUUUAUUUUCCUCGAGAGUAUUUGUCUACGCCCACUAACUUCCACAGUUAUCCCGUCCAUCUACCUUGGUAUGGUCUUCUACUCGCCUUGGGUAUCUGUUCCAUUCUCUUUAUUCCAAUUGGCAUCGUCAUGGCCAUCACCAAUCAACACAGCAGUAUAUAUCUCAUUUGCCAACUUGUAUGCGGUGCCGUAUUCCCAGGUAGACCAGUUGCGAAUAUGGUAUUUGUAACAUACGGUUACAUUUCGUCGGCACAGGGAAUCAAGUUUUCCGCCGAUCUCAAACUUGGACAUUACAUGAAAAUCCCCCCUCGAAUCCUCUUCUCCGUUCAAAUGGUGGCAACAAUUGUCUCUUCAAUCACUCAAAUCUUCAUCCUGAACUGGAUGUUUGCCAACGUCCCAGGUAUCUGCACCCCCGAAGCCGUCAAUGGUUUUGUCUGCCCUCUUGCACGAGUUCAUUUCAACGGCUCCAUCCUUUGGGGUGUCGUUGGACCUGCCGAGUUCUUCGGUCCCAACGCGACCUACCGAAUCUUAGUCUGGGCUUUUCCACUCGGAGCCAUUGCCCCAGUUGUCCUCUGGCUCUAUGCGCGCAAUCGCAAGAAGAACAUCGUUCGAAAAAUCAACCUCCCCGUUCUCUUUGGUUCCCUCUCCUGGAUCCCUCCAGCGACUGGUCUCAAUUUCUCGGUCUGGGCACUCGUUUGCUUCGCCUUCAAUUACGUAGUGAAACGGCGGGCUGGGAAUUGGUGGGCCAAAUACACCAUGACGCUAAGUGCAGCGUUGGACUCUGGUCUCGCCUUCGGACUGGUAGUUGUCUUUUUCGGAUUCGUGUAUCCUGGCCUCAUGGAUGGGUUCAAAUGGUGGGGCACGGAGAUUUAUAAGAGAGGGUGUGAUUGGAAUGCUUGUCCUUAUAAGGUUGUUCCUAACGGAAGCCACUUUGGACCGGAUACUUGGUGAGGAAGGAGGGAUGCGUGAAGAUAUAUAUAGUGGUGGUGCUGGUUAGAUGGAAGGGCAUGCUGGAAUUACUAUGAAUGUUAUGAAUGUUAUGAAAAGAUGGCGUGGGGGUAGAUUUGCAUGUGUGAGGGAGCAUUUAAUUUUUAUGGAGUUUUAGAGUUGGGUGGGUGGUUAGGCAUUACAUUGUAUUACAUAUUACAUCGUAUGUGUUUAUGUGUUUAUUAGUAGUCUGUCUCUCUGUCUGGUUUUAGAGUAUAUAAGUCGCGUUAUAUACCUACUUUACGAUAUCCUGAGUAUAAGAUACCAAAAUUUCCAAUGAACGUAGUAUAAUCCCAUUCGAAAUUCGUAAUUGGUAAAUCGUAUAGUAUAGUAAAAGCUAUGCAAGUAUACUCGAGGAAACACCACUCAUAAUGACCGGCCUGAUCAGUGGUUACUUUAUAACGACAUGGAUCCGUCAUCAUUCAUUGGAGAAGGGACUCGAAUCCUUGAUUAUGGGUGAUGCCGAUAACUAAGUAUCUGGGUCUUAAGUUUAUUAAGGCAAGGU